UGGAUUAUAUGAAAACCUGGGAUCAGAUCCUGGGAUAUAAGGCUUGUCUGGAAGGGCCCUCACAGGAGAACACAACACAUGAGAGUUAGGUUGAUACAGUCAGAUAUAGAUUCCAAGUAACACACUAUUAAACCCAAUUUAAUGGGUUAUUUGGAAUGCUACCAUUGCUCUACAUGCUCACAAUUUGUACAUGAAAGUUUUUUUAAGAACCAGCACACUAAAGUUUAAUCUAAGAUAUACUACUUUGCUAGCUGUGCCACUGAAGGAGCAAUUUGUGCAAUCACAUGUCCCUGCUCAUUCACGUACAUUGGCCAGACCAGCAAGGAAGUCAAAUUUUGAAUUAUAGAGCAUAAAAAUAAGAUCAGAAAUCAUUCUAUUGAUUCUAUUUUUUACAAGUAUUUUGAGGAUUUGAACCAUAGUCCUGAGUCAUUUCGAGUCCAGAUUUUAGAAGUCCUCAUACCUCCUUAAGGGCAUUGAUUUCCAGACUAAACUCUUCCUAAGUGAAACAUUUUGGAUUUUCACUCUCCAGAGAGAAUAUCUGAAAGAGUUGAACAAUAUAACUCAUAUGAUUGCUUUUGUAAAUCUUUGGAAGUAGCCCUUUAAAUGCUAUCCAUCAAUAAUAGUUACAUAGUUACAUAGCAACACCUGGUCGUUUUAGGCUUGCUAUAUGAACAUUCCUGUCAAUCAAUCGAUUUUAUACUCACAGUGGAAUACAACUUUGAGCAGAGUAUCACAGAUGAGGAUAUAGAACUGUUUGUGAGUACAUUUCUCAUAUUAUCUUUGUAUACUGCAUGUUCGUUAUUGAUGUUCUAUUCAAUUGAUGUUCAGUUUAAAUCCAUGGAGCUACUUUUAGUUACUACAUGUCUUCCCUCCAGGUUCCACACUACUCUAGAAAAACAACAAAGAUGAUUACAUUCCUCAAUUACUGAACUUAACAUUAAGAACCCAACCACCAGACAAAGACUCAGUUGUGGAGUCCAAAUCUGUUAUGGAUUGCGGAUUAUGAGUCCCUGCAUCUUUAACAAGAAUUAAGAACAUUCUUUAUUUGUGAACAUAACAGCCCGAUGUGAAAAGGAGUCCAUGUUGGGCGAGUGGGCUUAUUAACAAAAUACCUAUAGCAGAGUAACUCAUUAGCCAGCGUGAAGGACCACAAGGUUUCCACAACACAAUAGCUGUACACACAGCAGCCUUCUCACUGGAGCUUUACACACACACACACACACAAGAGGCCUUCUCACAGAGGCUUCUCUAGGGUGAGGCUAGAUUAUUUAAUCCUUUCAGGGCUCGACUCACAUUAUUGUAAUUAAAAAUACCUAGUGAAUUUUUAAUAUUUAAAGAGUCCAUUCAUCUUUAAAGAGAGAAAGGAGAAAAAUAAUUGUACUGUGAAUGCGACAGUCUUCUGUUUUACUGCAUAUACAAUAAGUUUGAUUAUGUAACUAGUUUUUGAAUUCACAAUUAUCCAUUAAAACCAUUCUGUUUAUUCCCAUUCACAACUUCGUUAUAGUGGACGAGAUAUGUUUCCCUUUGCCUCCCUCUGACCUGACCAAGGUUAUCCCUCGAGAUUCAGCGGGUCGACUUACUAAACAAGCAAACCAACAAAACACACGUUCUGAAAUGCUGGUUCUGUGUGGUCUUGCAUGGUAGUAUUUUUGUAUUAUGAAAGCGAGAAAAGCCCUUUCCUUGCUCCAGGGACCCUCUUCCUGUGGGAUGCCUGCCUGCCCCGGGUUCCCCUCCCCUGCACAAGAGAGGCAGCUUGGCACCGCUUUGCCUGCAAUGGCUCCAUGCUAAAGGAUCCUGGGAGAGGGCGUUUUCCAGGGCCACGAGCCUCCCCUGCCCCAAUGUACUGAUUCCUUGCCGUGCUACGAAUCCCACAAUUGCAUAAAAUUGGGCCAUCGUGUUUAAACGGAUUUAAUUCCACAACAGACGGAGCCUUCAUAGCCCCGCAAAGCAUCACUUGUGUCUUUUUUCGGGAACCGAGGCCGGUUCUCCACUGACCCGAUGAUGCAGAGUAGGACCAGCCUCAGUCCCCGCUUGGAAUUGAUCUGCUCUCCUUCCCGGGUUUUUUCCCUUCUUCUUCUUCCUCGUGUCCAGCUCUUUUUAAGGUUCUGCUCAAUUGGACAGAAAAAGAAAAAGAACGACAGGAAAACACAUUUCCCCCCAAUUCCCAGACAAACAAACAAACUCACGCACCACCCUGGACCCCCCUCCUUUCUUUUUUGAAAAUGCAAAAACAAUUCCCGAAGCCCUGCACUAAAGCCAACCAACGGCCAAAAUCUUUCCCUCAAGGGAAGGCCCCUCCCCCUCCCCCACAAUGGCAAUGGGCCGGAAUGGCCGCCCUGCUUAUCUCCCUGGAGGCAACGAGGUGCCAAGCGAGCCUUUGGGUUGAGCUCAAAUGGGGGAAGUGGGGGUGGAGCCAAGGGCUAUAAAGGCGGGGGUCCUGCCAGGGUCCCCUCAGUCUUGUGCCCAGAGACCCCAAAGCAGCAGCAGCACCUUUUCCAGCAUGAGCACCCCCAACGGAGACUUGAGGGAAGGAGGCCGCCCAGGUGAGGCCGGGAGCCAGGCCGGGGGGGGGGGGGGAGGUUGAGAGAUCUCUGCGGGUGUCCCUUCCUUUCCCUUCCCUGGGUCUGCACUGCCAAGCAAUGCAUGAACGGAGGCCAGUCCCGUUGGGUUCAAGGGGUCUUCUGCCCAGGCUCGAAGGCUCACCCUGGCUUCCUUUCCCGGGAACAAGCGAGACGGGACCGGGCCUGGACUUGGGAUCUCUAGUUCUCCUCCGGCAGCGAAGAAGGGGCCCGAACGGAGCUCAAGGGGUCCGAGAGGAGAAGAGGGCAGGAGAGGCUGGAGCCAGAUUGGCAUAUAAUGCAGUUUGACGGGGUCGCUGUGGAUCCACAUCAGGCAGCCCAGUCCCGUUCAAACCGCAUUACAGGAGUCUCCUCGGACCAUAUCAUGCAUUUCAUUUGGCAGUGUGGAUUCAGCUUUAGGCCCCAUCUACAUUGUCCUAUAACCAAUUUCAGGAUGCAGAUUAAUCGCAUUGAGCUGUAUUAUGUCAUUUGCCGCCGGUAUAGAUUCUUAUAUUCCAGUUUGAUGUAGGUUCUCAACCUGUGGGUCCCCAGAUGUUUUGGCCUCCCAACUCCCAGAAAUUCUAACAGCUGGUAAACUGGCUGGGAGUUGUAGGCCAAAACACCCGGGGACCCACAGGCUGAGAAGCACUGGUGUAGUUCACCUGCCUUCUGAACCUGCAUUCUAGGGCAGUGGGGAUGGGUCCCCUCUCCUUCACUGGGGAAACAGCGGGUCCAGGAAUCUGGGGGUCUCUGAAGAAGGCGGGGCGGGAGGAGGCCAAGCUCCAGCUGCGAGGGUGACCCUUCUCCUUUCUUUCUCCCUUCUGACUUGGCCUAUUCCUACGGCAGGAAGCGCCGCGGCUUCAGGCGGCGAAGGACCGGAGGCCCCUAAGCGGCGUCGGCAGCGGACCCAGUUCAGUCAGACCCAGGUGGAUAACAUGAAGGCCUCCUUCCAACUGGACGCCUAUCCGGACCACCCGCGGCGGGAGAAACUCGCGGAGAAGAUCGGCGUCGAGGAAGGACGCGUUGCCGUCUGGUUCCAGAACAGAAGAGCCAGGUACUUAAAGGAUGAGAAAGGAAAGGGGAAGAAAGCGAAGCAAACCCGGAGUGCCAGGAGGGUUGCCCCCCAGAGUCGGGCAAGAGCCCUCCCAUCUCCCAUAGAAGUAGCAACAGAGAGGGCGGCAAGUCAGUCCAGCUGGGCUGGACACCUGGGGACUCAUCCUCAGUUGGGACAAACCUGGCCAAGGCCGAACUAUCUCUUCCCACAAAACUAUGCGUGUGGAAACAGCCAGUUUGGUAGAGGACAGGCCACAGCCUUCAGCCACAGUUCCCACAGGAGCCCCUGUGUCCAGAAUUCUCCCUGUUGCUUUGGUGCUGGUGCUCAAGAUGCCUCCUGGAGACCGCAACAGCAGAGCCAGCCGGACUAUGCCGCUUGGGACACAGGUUUUCAUUUAGGGCCCUUCUGUGACCAAGGCCAAGGUUUUCCUGUUGAAGCCCAGCAGCUGGGAGAACAGCUUUCGGUUGUCCAGGAUUCUACAAUGAAUAUAGGACACUUCAUGGACAAUAUCAGGCCUUUCGAAGAGGAUGGCGGCUGUGUAGUGCCUUCUACCCCUGGGAGCAGCCCGGCCCUCCCUGGAGAUGUGGCCUCCAUGAGGCAAGAGCUCAGUCCCUUAGGCUCUUCAAGCUCUAACCAGCCUCCAUAUCCAGUGCCUCCAUAUCCACAGUGGGGGGCUUUGCCAGAACAGGAGAUUCAUUCCCAUUGGCAAAGCUAUGAAGGGCCCUUCCAAAUGACAUUUGGCAGCAUCAACACAAUGGACUUAGGUGGGUGGGAUGGCUUGAUGGGAUUUCCGAAUCAGUAAACUGUUAGUCUUGCUUAUCAAUAAUUUUCUAUAAUAAUUAAGAAUGUGUGGUAAUUAUUGAAUAUUGAUGAAUGAAAUGUGUCACUAACAUUUUGUAAUAAAGUUUUUUCUUGAAAUUUGACUGUAUGAUUUUCCUGAAAUUUUCAUCCAGCCCUUUCCUUCUUUCCUGGGCCAAAAAAGGAGAAAUCGGCUGCAGGGAUGAGUUUUCUUCCCAGUACA